AUGUGGGGAAGAGUCGUCCUGCUCCUCUUCCUCCUUGUGGGGGUGCUUGCCGCCGACUACUACAGCGUUCUCGGACUGGACCGGAGCGCAAGCGAGGGAGAUAUCAAGAAGGCGUAUAGGAAGUACCACCCCGACCUGAACCCGGAGAAGGAGGCUCAUGACAAGUUUAUCGAGCUGUCGCGAGCGUACGAGGUCCUUUCCGAUGAUGAGUUGCGGAGAAUCUACAACCGAGGAGGCGAACCGGCGCUGAAGCGACACGAGGAGCAGAAGAACGCUCCGGAUCCGUUCGCGCAGUUCUUCGGCGGUGGCCGUCAGGAGCCGCCACGGACGCCGACGGUGUUCGCCAAUCUCAAGGUCCCGCUUGCCCAGAUGUACAACGGCCACACCGCCGAGUUCAACAUGCCCCGCAAGAUUGUAUGCCCGCACUGCGCCGGUGGCGGCGCCGACUCGCCCAAGCACAUCGCCAAGUGCGGAACGUGUGACGGCCAGGGCGUCGUUGUCCAGAAGCACCAGGUUUUCCCCGGCAUGUUCACGAACGUCCAGAUGCACUGCCCGCAUUGCGCCGGCAAGGGUCAGAAGAUCACGAAGCUGUGCCACCAGUGCAAUGGCGACCGUGUUGUUCAGCGUGAUCAUACGCUGGCGGUGCACAUUCCUGCUGGCGCGCCGGAAGGAUACGAGGUCGUCUUCACGGGAGAAGCCGACGAGAGUCCUGACAUGGACCCCGGAGAUGUCAUCGUUCGUGUCCGCUCCGACCCCAAGUCUGGUCAGGGCUGGACGCGGAAGGAGGGCGGCCUCAUCGGACGGGUGACGCUGAGCGUGGCGGAGGCGCUGCUUGGAUUCGAGCGCAAUGUUACGACACUGGACGACCGGAUUAUCACGAUUUCGCGCGAUGGUACGACGCAGCCGAACGAGGUCGAGGUCAUCGAGGGCGAGGGAAUGCCAUCGUUCCACGAUGUGCCGCAGGGCGACAUGUUCAUCGAGUACAGUGUCGUCAUGCCCGCCGCGGUCUCGGAUGCGACGCGGCGGAAGCUCGUGGACGCCUUUGGGCCGCACGCUUCGCUCCGCGACGAGCUAUAG